UUCCACACAGUGAGUGAAACAAAGACAGGUACUCUUGGGAUGAGCUUUACCUCUUGUGUCUGGAUGCAGCAUCCAAAUUUCUAAAACAUUUGUGAAAUAUUCCUCUUGAAACUCUUACAGCAGCAUGGAUCUUGCAGAUAUAAGUGGAGCUUUUGGAAAGGAGCCUUUGCUGCAGCCUCUAUGGGACAGCUUGAGGCUCCACUACAGAGACUUUUUGAGAUCUCCACUCUUCCCCGUUAUUCUGACUGUGUCAUCCUACUUUGUCUUCUGCCUUCCUUUCCUGGUUUGUGACAUCAUGGGAGACAGGUGGGUGUGGGUCCAACAAUUCAAAAUCCAACCCAGCCGACAGCCAACGGCCUCCAUGCUGCUGCACUGUGCAGGUGUCACCCUGUACAACCACGUAUUCCUUGUGCUCCCAGCGUCAGUGGCCCAGUGGGUGUGGAGGCCUCCUGUGGAUCUGCCAGACUGUGCUCCAACCAUGAUGGAGCUGAUCGCCGGAGUGAUUGGCAACCUCCUGCUCUUUGACUUCCAAUACUUCAUCUGGCACUUCCUGCAUCACAAGAUCCGCUGGCUGUAUGUCACCUUCCACGCCAUCCAUCAUCAUUACUCGGCUCCCUUCGCUCUGGCCACUCAGUGUCUCGGUGGUUGGGAGCUGCUCACUGUAGGCUUUUGGACAACUCUGAAUCCAGUGAUCCUGAGGUGCCACCUGCUCACCACAUGGAUUUUUAUGUUGGUGCAUGUCUACAUUUCAAUAGAGGACCACUGUGGCUAUGACUUCCCAUGGUCCACAUCACGUCUGAUACCAUUUGGGAUCUUUGGAGGGCCCAGCAAGCACGAUGUGCACCACCAAAAACCUCACACCAACUUUGCACCACACUUCAGCCACUGGGAUAAAAUAUUUGGAACACAUUCUGAUUUCAGCUUUUCUGCUGCAUAGUAAGAUAUUACAUAGUUACUGACUGCUAUAGUCAAAACAU